AUGUGGCUGACGGCGCUGCAGGCCGUCUCCAGGUCAGGCGCGGCGGGGGCGGACGAGCUGCCCACCGUGGUGCUCGCCGGGGCCCGCGGCUCAGGCCAGCGCCGCCUGUUGGCCGCGCUGGCCGACCGCGACGAGGAGGAGCUCGAGCGGGGCGCCGCUGACGGGGUGGAGGCCCAGCUCGAGAACAGGUACUACACGGCGAGGGUGCGGUACCGGCUCGUGGACAUCGACAGGGGCAGCGCUCUGCUGCCCGGGGCCCGCGACGCCCUCCUCUCCGCCGACGCGCUCGUGCUGCUGUGGGACCUCGCGGAUCCAGACGCCUUCUCUUCGGCGCGCACGGCGCUGGAGGAGGCGGGCUUCCCCCUCGCGGGCGGCGACAGCCCGGACUCGGACGAGGAGGAGCGGGUGCUGCUGUGCGUGGCCGUGGAGAGCGGGGCCGCGGCCGCGGCCGCCGGCGAGGAGGCCGAGGAGGUCGCGCGCGGCUGGUGCGCGGAGCGCGGGCUCGAGCACCUGCGCUGCGGCCUGGGCGUGGAUGACCUGGAGCCGCUGCGCCGCCGCCGCUCCCGCGCGAGCUCUGGGGCCUUCGGCGGGCUGCUCGGCGAGGACACAGACGGCACCCCGCUGAGGAUUCUGGAGGCGCUCGAGUGCCACCAGUGGCCCAACCUGCAGCGGCGGGCGGGCGGUGGCGCUCCGGGCGGCGGCGUGGCGGGCUCGGCGGGGCCCGCGCGGCCCGCGGGCGCCCCGGGGCCUGUGCGGCCCGCGGGCGCCUCGGCCCGCGUGGGCCGCGGGUGCCUCGGCUGGGAGGCCUUCUGCAACCGUUUCCGCGGCUUCCUGUCGCACCUGGUCGGUCCACCAAGGCGGGCGGCCGCCCAGAGGGAAGUUUCGGCGCAUCCGCGCGUCCUGGCGGGGGGCAGCCCCGCCGAGCAGCUGCCGCGCCUCUCCCGGCGCGCUGUCCAGGAGCAGCGUCCGUGCACGGAGCCGCAGGCCGGCGACCGCGUGGAGUUCCACGGCCUGUCGGGCCGGGCGGACCUCAACGGCCGGGCGGGGGCGGUGCGGAAGUUCGUGGCGGAGAAGCAGCGGUUCGCGGUGGUCCCCGAGGGCGACCAGGAGGCCGUGCUGGUGCAGGCCAAGAACAUCAGGAAGGUUGGCGCUGCGUGCCACCGCUCGGAGGAGGUGCCGCUCGUUGCCUUCGCGGCCUCCGCCGCCGCCCUGGCCCACGCGCGCGCGGUGGUCGGCGCGCUGGCUGGCGCCAGCCCAGGCGAGGCGCGCGCCGAGUGCUCGACGGGCGGCCAGGCCGUGCUGGAGACGAAGUACUACCGGGCGCGCCUCUGGCUGGAGGCGUUCGAGGCGCCGGUGGAGGACGUUCCGGCAUGGGCGGCGAGCGCCGCUGGGCUCGUGCUGCUGUGGGACACCGGCCGCCCAGAGACCUUCGCCCGCGUGCGGAGGCUGUUCGAGGCCGCCUGGCCGGCCGCUGGUGACCUUGGUGGCGACGGCGGUGCGGCCCUCAAAACGGUACGCUUCCUGAGCGCCGCGCAGCGCCAGGUCUUUACCUUGAUUCACCGCGAGUUCUUCACAUCGAGGUGUCCAGCUGUGGAGCGGGCCACCCAGGUCAUCCCCAGGGAGGCAGUCGGCUCGUCUGCGUGGCAGGUGGCCCUUGUCGGGGCCGGCCGCGCCCGCUCGGCGCGCUACUUAGAUGGCCUCGCUGCUGUGGCUGCAGGGGCUCCCGCCGAUCAUCAGGCAGUAGCGGUCUUCGUGGCGGCAGAGCAGCGGUGCCUGGCUGAGCUGGACGCCCUCAUUAAAGAGCUCCGCAGGUUGAGGGCUGGGCAACUGCCGCUCCACCAGGAGCUUGGGAGCGCUGCUGUGCAGCUCCUCCGCGACAGCGCGGCCGUUUCAGGCGAGCAGAUCCUCACCCAGUGGUCUGACAUCAUUGGCACGGUCCGUGCCUCUGCGGCGACGUCAGCGCAGGCGAUCAGGGAGACCAGGGACCUCGCCCAGCUGGCUGAGAAGGGGGAUGCCAAGCUCUGGACCUCCCUCGCGGGUCGGGCCGCCGUCAUGUUGCCCCCCGAGGACAGCAACGCGCUCACGCGUAUGCUCGCCUUGUUCCUGCGUUUGCCCUCUGGCCAGCGUCCCGGGUCCAUCCGCCUGAUCUCUCCGAUCCCGCUCUUACCUGGCAUGACCUUGGAGUUGGUGGCUCCCGGCAUGAGCGCACGGGACUGGCUGUGUUUACCCUCCAUGAUGGUGCCAGGCACGUGCCGCGGCUUCUGCAGCCCAGCCCCCCUGAUCAGCGUGCCCGAUGUUCCGAUCCUGCUCAUGGACGUCCCAGCGCUGGCCCUACCGCAGGUGCUGCAUGCGGUGAUGGCCCUGCCUGGCGCGCUCUACCGCGAUCCGCGCUGGUGGCAGUCGGAGGCGCGCCGCACGCUCGGGCGGGCGUCUCAGGACGCGUUGCUCUGCGAUCGCGUGGAGGGCGCGAAGGAUGUCGGCCUUGCCGACGCGCCCUUUCUCGAGAGCAACUUCGCCCGCGGCGCAGGAUAUAAAAGGAGCUUGCGGCUCUACGCAAGCAGGUUCAGCAGUUGCAGUCGUCACGUCCGAAGCCAUCUGACUCUGAGGCACCCCACUCUGAAGCCCCCGCCCACCGCGAUGGAAAGGGACUCCAAGCAGAAGGAGUUGGAGGUCUGCGAGGGGAAUGUUGAUGCUCUGCCAGUGUCCGCGAAGGCCAAAUGUGUGGAUCCUACGACUGUUGAGGGGUAUGUUGCUGCUGAGACUUCGGUGCGCCAGCUACGGCAAGAGACUCAUGCUUCCAAGCCCUCGGGCACGCAUGUGCACGGCCUUGGCAACAAGUUCCAGAAGUUUGAUCAGACUGCCGCUAAAUUCAAGGCUUCGGUUGAGGCUGAAAAGAAAGCGAUUGCCACUAAGCAGCAGACGGUCAUUGAGCUUGAGCAGCAGGCCGACCAGAAGGAGAAUGCACGCGUCCAGCUCCAGCUGGAGCAGAUGGGGAUUGUGCAGUACCCGAUCUUGACAUGGAUGAGGAAUAGAGAGGUGCUGUUCGGCCUGCCUGUCAAGAAAAGCGCCGCUCGCUGGGACGGGCCAAGACCUCCUGAGGUGUUUGAAAUCUCGGGCCCGAUCUUCCCCAGCAUCUUCGGCUUCCGAAGGCCACGGGACGGUCAACGGAACGACCCAGGCCGCCGACGGUUCCACACCUUCGCCCAGCGCAUACAGACGCCGGAGGGGGUGGAGUCGAUUGCCUACGGGGAGCCGGACACCAAGCAGUACAUCGCAUACCUCGAGGGCAUGGGCCGCCUCCAGUCCGCGACCACCAGGCGGCGCCUCGGCGAGGCGUCCAAGCCCAGGCGCCAACGGCGCCGUCGCGGGCCGCCCCGCCGUGCAGAGAGCCGAGAGUUCCAGAGGCUCGGCCGUGUCGAGUCUGACUGA